CAUCGUUUUCUAGGUAAGGGUCUUUGAUGGUGUGGUUGACCUUCUUGAGAUCGAGUUGCCAAAGGUUAUUAUAGUUGGUUGGUUUUUUGUUAUGGGUUCGAGCCCUGUCAGCGGUAGUAGCAGUAUCAGCAGCAGCAGCAGCAACAGUAAUAGUUGCUGCGAUAUGAGUCUCAAGUGUUGGUGCAGGUGGAGAUGGGAUCACUCUUUCCUUUCCACAACGUUUGCCUUCUUCCUCUGCUCUUUUUUUCUGUUCGGAUUCGUCGCCACCUUCUUCGUUUGGCUUACUUUCUCCCCAUAUGAACGUCCUGCCCUCUAUUCGGUUGGUUGUCAAGACGACAGUGAAGGAUCAUGGUCGAUCGGCAUUUUUUAUGGGAACUCACCCCUCUCUUUGAAACCCAUUGAGUCUAACAAUGUGUUUAAGGCUGAGAAUGCGGCUUGGCCUAUUGCAAAUCCUGUAGUCACAUGCGCUUCCUUGUCGGAUGCUGGUUUUCCAAGCAAUUUUGUGGCUGAUCCUUUUCUCUAUGUUCAGGAGGAUUCCCUUUAUUUGUUUUAUGAGACCAAGAACUCAGUCACCUUGCAAGGAGACAUUGGGGUUGCAAAAAGUAUUGAUAAGGGUGCAUCAUGGCAGCAAUUAGGCAUUGCCUUGGAUGAGGAUUGGCAUCUCUCUUAUCCUUAUGUUUUCAGCUACCAUGAUCAAAUAUACAUGAUGCCUGAGAGCAGUAAGAAAGGGGAACUCCGUCUCUAUCGAGCAAUUAACUUUCCUCUGCAUUGGACACUGGACAAGGUUAUCAUGAAGAGGCCCCUAGUGGAUGCCAUUGUUGUAAACUAUAAAGGAAAUUACUGGCUUUUUGGGUCAGAUCACAGUGGUUUUGGCACCAAGAAAAAUGGGGAAUUGGAAAUUUGGUAUAGUAACUCACCACUGGGUCCUUGGAUACCCCACAAGCAGAACCCUAUUUACAACACAGAUAAGAGCUUUGGUGCUCGGAAUGGCGGCAGGCCAUUUAUAUAUAAUGGAAAUAUCUACCGCAUUGGUCAAGAUUGUGGUGAAACGUAUGGGCGGCGAGUGCAUGUCUUCAAAGUGGAGGUUCUUAAUAAGAAUGAAUACAAGGAAGUUGAAGUUCCACUAGGCAUAGAAGAGGCUAAGAAGGGCCGAAAUGCUUGGAAUGGUGCUCGUUACCAUCACCUAGAUGUGCAACAACUAAGCUCAGGAGAAUGGGUGGGGGUAAUGGAUGGAGAUCGGGUUCCUUCAGGAGAUUCUGUUCAUAGAUUAAUCCUUGGUUAUGUUGCAUUUGGGAUUGUAGUUGUACUCACUGUACUAGUGGGGGUGUUGUUGGGUGCUGUCAAGUGUAUCUUGCCCCUCAGCUGGUGUCUGCAUAGCUCAGUGAAGAGAAGUGAUGCCUUCUCAGCCUGGGAGUGGGAGCGCUCACAUUUAUUCUUUUCCAAGCUGAGGCGAUUCUGUACUCGGGUGAACAGGACAAGUACAUUUGUCAGAGGCCGGAUAAAGCCCAACACUUGUGCCGGAAAAUGUGUCCUCUCGCUAAUAUCUGUGAUAGGGAUGGCACUAAUGUGCGUGGGGGUUAAAUAUAUAUAUGGUGGCAGUGGGGCAGAAGACUCUUACCCAUAUAAGGGUUCCUAUUCACAGUUUACACUAGUAACAAUGACUUAUGAUGCUCGUCUAUGGAAUUUGAAAAUGUACGUGAAACAUUAUUCGAGGUGUUCAGCGGUAAGAGAGAUUGUCGUCGUGUGGAACAAAGGGCAACCUCCUGAACUAAGUGACUUUGACUCUGUUGUGCCAGUUAGGAUCAGAGUAGAGCAGCGGAACUCACUGAACAAUCGAUUCAAAGUAGACCCACUAAUUAAAACACGGGCCGUUCUUGAGCUCGAUGAUGACAUUAUGAUGACAUGUGAUGAUAUUGAACGAGGAUUCAGAGUGUGGCGGGAGAAUCCUGAUAGGAUAGUUGGGUUCUACCCACGUCUCAUUAAUGGGAGUCCAUUGAAGUACAGGGAUGAGAAGUAUGCCCGUACUCGCAGGGGGUAUAACAUGAUAUUGACGGGGGCUGCUUUCAUUGAUAGCAAAGUAGCAUUUAAGCGGUAUUGGAGUGAAGAAGCAAAGGCAGGGAGGGAGGUGGUAGAUAAGUUUUUCAACUGUGAAGAUGUGCUUAUGAAUUUCUUGUAUGCAAACGCAAGCUCAUCAAGGACAGUGGAGUAUGUGAAGCCAGCAUGGGCGAUUGACACAUCAAAGUUCUCUGGGGCCGCAAUCAGUCGGAACACACAGAUGCACUACCAAAUAAGAAGCAAUUGCCUUGUUAAGUUCUCAGAGAUGUAUGGGAAUCUGGCUAAUCGGAAAUGGGAAUUUGGUCGUCGGAAGGAUGGUUGGGAUGUAUAGAAGGAUUCUAACAGCAGGUCAUGCACCUCACUUUUUUUUUGCCAUUUUUGUUUUAU